AGCGCGUCGGUCGAGCUCUGGGAAAUAGCUCAUUUUCACCAAUUUCCCUGGGGGCAGUACUGCCCAUGUGGUCUGCGUGUGUAGUGGUAAAAACAUCGGAGCGGCUGGUGCAGCAGCAGUAGUCCAAAGAAGUGGUCACCGGAGGGGGAACCCGCGUUGCCAGGAGGGUUUAUUUGGGUUACAGAGGAUCGAGUGUUGACUGUGUUUGGUCGUAGCCCAAGGCAACGCGUGAAACCCCAUCGUUCCGUUUGCUACUAAAUGUGCCCUCGAUAGCGCCCGCGUGUGUCGCCUCCCCACAUGAGCUCGGUUGGAAAACGUUCUUGAUCGAAAUCCGUUACAAAAUGCGCUCGGGAAUCAGUGCCAGUGGCAGUGCUGGUGGCACUUCGCCAAAACGGCGAACGCAUCUAGCAGCCAAUGGAAAACAUCAUAACCAUCAUCACCAGCAACACCAGGGUGGCAUUGGAUCAAAGCAGCAUUACAGCACGGCCGCUGGCAACAGCGCAAAUGAUCCAUCGACGCGGUACAGUGAGACACCACCGACCACCGAAUUGCCACCAUCGAGUGGGCAAUUUUUUUACAUAUCAAUCAUCAAGCUUGCCCUCGUCAGCCGACUACUAGUAAUCGCACUGCAAUUGAUUGCCAACCAGGUGCUACCAGAUCAUGACGCGGGCGUGUUUAUAGCUCCGCGCGAAACCGAAACCCCGGAACGGCCCCUGGAUGCGUUUGUGCGAUUCGUGUUCGGUGGUUUCGAGCGAUGGGAUGCUCAAUACUUUCUGCACAUCGCCGAGCACGGUUACACGUACGAGAACACGCUGGCAUUCUUCCCACUGUUCCCGUUCAUCCUGAAAAUCGUUGGCACCGCGCUCAUCAGUACUGAUCUCGCGCUGGUCAUUAGUUACCGUGAACUUUCACUACUGCUGGCAGUGCUGAUGAAUGCGCUGUGCUUCAGUGGAGCCGCCUGUGCCCUGUACAAGCUCAGUAAGCUGGUGCUCGGAAGCAACAAAAAGGCGGAGGUCGCCGUGUUGUUGUUUUGCUUCAAUCCGGCUUCGAUCUUUUUCACUGCUCCCUACACCGAGAGUCUGUACGCGUGGCUCUCGUUCGUCGUGAUGUACCAGUGCAUCGAAGAUGUGAACUCGAUCUUCAUCACGAUCCCGCUCAGCCUGUCGCUGCUUUGUCGUUCGAAUGGUUUAAUGAACGUCGGCUUCGUGCUAUACUUUGUCGCUCGACGCAUCGUCGCUCAAUACAACUUCCACAACAUCAUCUGCAUCUGUUCGCGGCUUUUCACCGUGCUAAUGAUCGUACUGUUCCACUACGGGAUCGCCCAGGUGUACAACUAUUAUCUCUUCUGCUUCGAGCAAAAGUUCAACUUUCCGCAACACGUUCGAACGUAUGCGGCCGAGCAGGGGCUAGUAUUGGCCGGGAACAAAACGGAAGAUUCGUCACCGUGGUGUACUAGCAUGUUACCUUUGUCGUACUCGUAUGUCCAGAGCCACUACUGGAACGUUGGUCUACUGCGGUAUUACGAGCUAAAGCAGCUGCCAAACUUUCUACUUGCCCUACCGGCUAUCUAUCUCACGUUAAGCAAUUCGUAUCACUACCUGCACGAACACUGGGAUUACGCGCUCCGGCUUGGAUUGUUCCGAUUGUCCAAAAAACAACAGAAAACAAUGCGUCCAUAUGAUCGUUUAGCAUUGGUAUUCGUCGUUCAUGCCGUAGUGUUGACCAUCUUCUCGUUGCUGUUCGUGCAUGUGCAGGUCACUACGCGCAUCCUCUGCUCGGCCAGCCCCGUCCUCUACUGGUUCGCCGCCGAAUACUUUACCGGUGAGCGCACCUUCAUCAAACGCCAGGUGAUCCGGAAGCUUUCGAAACAGGUUAAAGAUGGCGAUGAGGGCAGUUGCACACACGUGCUGAACCACGUGGAUGUGAGUGAUCUGCUCGACAUAGGCUGUAUGAAUCGCUACCAACAGGCGAUUCUGUUGUACUUUGUCGGCUAUACCGUAAUCGGUACGGUACUAUUUAGCAACUUUUACCCAUGGACCUAGAGGGCCUCCAGAAUCCGGUUGAUCUUUCUUCACAACAAGCCAACGGUCACUGUUUGUUUGUAAAGAAAAUUAACCUCACAGAAAACAAUGUUGAUCAUCUAACACUAGUCUUGUUCUUAAUACUUGCAUCUCGUGCCUUUCGCUCUACAAACCUAGAAUGCCAAAAAGCAAAUAACAAACAUACUACAAAGAACCAAUUUGAAGAGAGGAGAAUGUGCAGAAACGCUUGCUACUCUUUUGGGAAAUGAAAUGUGAAACAUCUGACUCCUUCUUUUCGGGACUUCCACUUCCUGCGGAUCCGAACGCAAAACAAAAAGCCAAAUUUAAUUCUUAGUAAGCUGUAAGCAUAGUAGCCAAUUGGCGCAAUUCGGUUAGAUCGAUUUAUGCGACAUAAAAUGCCCUGUAGAGGAGAAUAUCAUUUGAUUAAGACUGCGUUUCAAACAAUAAGUAAGAACUUGGGACAAAACUGUUCUCCUUUUCUCAUUCUCAAGAAUUUGCUUAAUGGUUCUAAUCGGUUGUUAACGAAAAGACGCUUGUAGUUAGAAUUCUACGUAACGUCCUGUCUGUUUAGGACCGUAUUAUUUUUACAUCAACAUGAAAGCCUUGCAUUACCACCGAUAGGAAGAGUAAAGACAGGUUAACCCCAUGCUGUUGUCAGUGAACAGAACUUAAAUAAAACGAUUCCGUUCAGUAGAAAUACCGAUACAGUUGAUCGUAUAGUCCCGGAAACACUCUAAAUCGGAAUGGAGCGACAGAAACCUUAGUCAAUAUUGCAGAGCUACACACGUACAUUUAUACAAAUAGGAAUGGAGAUGGGAAGAAGUAUAUUGCAGAAAUGAAAUUUUCCCAAAAAUGCAUAGAAAAAACUGAACAAUAGUUUACAAUUGCAUUAACUAGACUUUAACUUUACAAUGCUGAGAUAAAGCGAGCUGAUCAUAUUGUAGUCUUUAAAUCGUAAACAAGGAACCAGGUAGAGUGAACAAAGCAGCUGUAGACAAAAAUUGAGAACAACAAAUAAUGAAUCCUUACGUAUAAUGUGGGUAACUCUAUUACCAACUAUUCUUAUUCUAAUUGAGAGCGUGUUAUUAUCCAGUGUGCACCUUCAUUAGAUAUACAAUUUGAAAGAUCCUUAAAAAUGAAGCAUGAACAAACAUUAACAAACACUAAAACAAUCAAACCAAUAGAAUCCAGGCUACUAGGUAUAGGGGCAGGUAAUCGAACGAACUUAAUGCAUAUGAAAAAGUGAACUAAAAAGGCAUUUUAGUAGUAUAGCAUUCGGGUAUUUAUUAAAAUUCGUAUAUUUCCUCACCGUCGUUGAUUCUAUUACAUCAUGGUGAUCGAGAAAAGACCAUGCUGAAUGAGCACACGUGCAAACGGUGAUUUCAUUCGUAGUGAGACAGACAGAGGCUGCAACUCCAAAUGACUUCCAAUUGAGUUAGUGAUUAGUUAGCAAAGAAAAGCAAGUAAAAUAACCACUAUGGAAUUAAAGAAGCGGCAUCCUAAUCGAAUGAAAAUAAUAAUAAUCUUAUCAACGUCCAACUUAAUCUGAAGACAUUGAUUAAAUCUAAAUAAACAAAAUUAAAACUCUAAAACACAAGCAAAACUAACCAACUAACAAGUAAAUCAAUUUAAACGUUUGACUUUUAGCAAUUUAAUUAGCACAAAAUGGCUGCCCAAUUGGGGCAUUUCAAUUUUGAUGAAGUGUAGAGCAACGAUUUCGCUUAAAUGAUAUUUCGUGUUCAGUAAAAUACUUAGCUCAAGAUCAAUUGAUAACUUCUACCUGCUCUUACCGCCUUCAUCGUCUACAAUACGUCUGUUUAGACAAAUCAAAACUGCUUCUUGCAAAUCGUACCAGCUGACGGGAUGGGGAAGCUGGAAACAAUUAACCAUUUAUGCCUCAAUCUUUAUUAUUCACAAAUCAAACUCUAGUCAUUAAGUUUAUCCACCUGUUGAGACUAACUGUA